CCAUCGAGGCAACCAGGAUCGGCAGGGAUCUGUAACGCGUCACGCUUCUCGGAAUCAUGCCCUCGACGCCAAACUUGGCCAAGAACACCUCCUCCACUUUUGCAAUUAUUUUUAUUACUUUUCCGAUUAUAAACGAUCAUUAUUUUCCUCGUAAUCGACAUGAGAUCUCAAUAUAUCCAUCCAGAUCCGUUCCAUUCGUAUCGCCUCUUCCCUUAUAUUCUUCUUUUCCGACCUCUACCUCUCCUCUGUUUUCCCCCCGUCGUCGCUGUUACCCAUGUCUCCCAGGACACCAUCGACGUCGUCUCCCACUUCCUCUCGUGGUGCCUCUGCUCCCUAUCUCCGUCGUCCCUCUGGCCAGCCCAAGUCGUCGCGCCAACAGUUUUCGGCGUGUGGGGCAUGUCGAAUGCGGAGAGUCCGCUGUGACCUUAAAGAUCUUCCGAUAGCAACGGCAGGCCCAAAUCCUGCCUGUUCCAACUGCAAGGAGCGGGGGUUAAAAUGCGUAGACGAGUUCGCCGACGUCAAGGCCGUUAAGCUCCUCCGACGCGGUCGCCGUCUGCAACAGGUCGAGGCUAUCUACGGGAAAGCUACCGACUCUCAGAAUGGCUCCUCUCACUUCGCCUCCCCCGCUACUCAUCUACCAAGCAUCAUUCCCCAACUCAAGCCCGAGUUCUUUUCCUCUCCCUUUUGGCGGUGGUUCAGUGUACAACGGCCUGUCCUCGACCCCGUUGAGUUCUCAGGACGAUUCCUCGCGCAUUCAAAGGGCACACAUCUCCUUGGACACGAGGGCAGCGUUAUUGCCCUCCUCCUUGUCGUUUGGGCUGCGUCUUUUGGCGUAGACGAACAGGGGGUUCCUAUCGAGAACGAAGACAAUGAUUACGAGCUCGGCGGCGUUUCCAUGGGCCAUGGUGACUACUCCAUGCAACGGAACACACGCAGCGCAAGUGUCAGCUCCCGGCCGUCGAAAGGACGGAGCGGGGAUCCUUCAAAGUCGCGCGUCGGGAGGAAGGAAACCACCGAGGCUAUGUUGCGCGAGGUUUUAGAACUCGUCGACUACCACAGCAUUAUGCGUAAGCCGUCCUGGGACGGAAUACGAGUACUUUUACUUAUUUUGCCCCUCUUGGAGGAUGCUAACCCUCUGGACCGGCUGACAAUGCAUGAGGCGACACUGUUACAGGCACAUUCGCUAUGCGCUUUGUCCUCGUCGCCCUCCACUUCGACUAUUUCUCAUACUUCUGAUGACGCCAUUGUACGAGCACGGAUUUUCUGGUAUGCUCAUCUGCAAGAAGGAAUAACCACUGGCAUGCGGGGCGGCCGAUUAAUACUAACGGAAGACGAUCUCGAUACAUUUCAAAGUACUCUACCGCCUUAUAAUUUUGGCCUCAACAGCGCAUCUGGUAUAUCAUCACCAUCUUCGUCUUCCUUCAUUGCUUCUUCACAUCCGUACCUUCAAGUCACACACCUCUUCUCCAUACCCCUUCACCUUAGCUCGAUCUGCCGCAAAGUUCAUGCAGUGUUAACUGGUGCCAAGGCGUCGAGGAAAGCGGAAGAAGGCGCCGGUGUUGAUGGUGAAGGUAUGAGAGAGGUCUGGGAGGGACUGGAGCGAUGUUGGGUGGAAUUUGAGGAUCUCAAAAGACACAACGGGAUGGAAAACGAAACCGACGCACAGGUUGAGCGAUUUGCUAGCGCGUGGCAGGUAUUUAUUUUUGAAUGUUAUAACAUCAUUAGGGAAGCCCUUAAGCAAUACGUUUCUCGGUCAGCUUCUUCAACAUCGGCGUCUUCACCGCAGCCCAUGUUUGCUGCAUCCUCGCACCCCUCUUCAAAAGGCUCUCCGCAUGGUCAAAGUCCGCCACCAUAUUAUACCCUUCAUCAACUUCACGCGAUGGCCACCCGGAAGUGUGUUCGCAUUCUCCCGUAUGUCCUAGGCAUCAUUAAGCAUCAUCUAUCAUGCGAUGUUGUCGACACAUCGGGUAUGUUCAAGUGGGAUGCAGGGCUGGUCCGUGACGGCUGUUUCUUCGCCGGUUUCUUGUCUGCUAGUUCAGAAAGCAAUACCCUCGGCGAUCCCGACGACCGCCAGCAGUUCGGAUCCAUGAAGCAGGAAUCAGACGCGCGAAUUGACGGAUCGAUUCCGCCUCUUGUGGUUCGUUCAGGUUAUCUUCCGGUUUAUGAUCCCGAGGAAGGUGUGCGAAUAUGUCUUACCGCCCUUUCGAUAAUGCGAUGGGCCUUUUCCAAGAGCGAGGAACGGCGAGAAACGCUGCGAAUGGUUUGGGAGGAUGGCAAGAUGCGGAAGAGAACGAUUCAAUCGUUCUCUCAUCCUCACACGCCGCAUGCAGCGGAAGCUCCGAGCAGCGCACUGCGGGAAAUCGAUUUGCGCUACAGUGAGGAAGCCGCAGCAGCGCAACCAAAUUCUUCAUAUGUGGACAUGUACGGCGGCAAAGUUCCCGCCUCGAUUCACCACCUACCACCGCUCAACCUCAGCAAUAUUUCCGCAUCACACCAUGUUUCGGUGGACUCAGCGCCGACGACUGGUUACAGUACCGAUGGGUCCGCAGGCGCCAAUUCAUGGCCCUCGUACACGCCACCUGGGACGGGUACCUCGACGUCAGGGACGAGUACUACGGGAAAUGGUAUCCGGUCCCCCGCCUUCUCGAGCUUGGUGUCCGUCCCGAGUGCGGGAAUCAAGAGUGAGGGUAUGCUAUACCAUAAUGUUUCGACGGAUCUUGAGCCUUUCGGGUUCAGUGCUCCUGGGACGGGGACGGACGUGAGUGGGGUUAUGGUCGGGUACCAUCACUCCCCUCAUCAGACCAGAGGCGGCGGGGCGGGCAACUUCAUGGAUUUCGCGCAGACAGGGAAUGCGCCUCUCGGACAUCCCGUAUCAGAUGGCAUUGAUUUCGGCGAGGACGGGAACGGGUACUAUCAUUGAUUUUCAUUCUGUUUUCGUGAGGGACAGACUUUUCCGGCCGGUCGCAAAAUCUUUACUCUGUUUGGGUUGUCGCUUAUAGGUGUUCUUUAAUUUGUUUCCUGCUGUGUUUCAUCGUUGAUGCUUUCUUUCUGUGUCGCUGUCAAGCUAUUCCUAGACAUAUACCUCGCACAUCCGGCCUAAAAUAUCUUAUUCUGCUUUUUUUUUUUGCAUCCGAUACCUCGAGCCCAUCUGUUAUACUUUUUAGGCCUUUGCUUUUCCGGUGGUCCUUGUUGCAGUGUAUUUCUUAGGUGUAAGUAAGUACAUACUAGUUAUCAUAAUAAGUAAUGUUGCAGUCUACUAUCGAAUCCAAAGUUGUGUUGAUUCAGGGACU